AAGCCUGGGAGAAUCCCGAGAAAGAUUAGAUUUAGGACAAAGAUGAGUUUGUUCUCAAUUGCUCAUGCUCACCUUCUCCUUCUCCCUCCACAACUCUCAUUCUCAAACACCAACACUACCACCACCACCAUUGCUUCUCCCAAGCUAAACAUCUCCACCAAAUCCCACAACUCAAACUCAAACUCAAAACCUUCUAUUCUAACCAAUUUCAUUUCUCUUUCUCUUUCUCUCUCCCUUACUUUUUCUUCUUCAUUACCUUCUUUAGCACUCCCUUCAUUGAAGUCCCCUUCACAACCCCCUUUACUCUCUCCUACUACUCCCUUCUCUCAGUCCAAAAACUUGCCACUCGGAUUGGAAAAUGGAAAAGUUAGAGCUUGUCCAUCCGUUAAUCCUGGUUGUGUCACUACAAACCCAAAGUCUUCUAACUUCGAAUUUCCAUGGGAGAUUCCUUCUAAUUCUUUAGAAAAUGCUGUUGAGAAAUUACAGGAAGCAAUAUUGAACACACAGAAAAAUGCCAAAAUUCAAGUUGUUGAAGACGCGCCAAAUGGACAGUACCUUCGAGCUGAGAUCGAUGGAGGUAUUGGAGGUUUUGGGAGAGACGUCUUGGAAUUCUUGGUAAAAGGAGAUGUAGUAACUUAUCGUUGUAUGGCGACCAAGGUAACCUUCGUGUACCCCUUUACAACAGCUUUUGGGGAUUCAAAGGGUCAGCAAGAGAGAAUGAAGAAAAUUGUGGAAGAAUUAGGUUGGUAUGCUCCCAGUUUGGACUUGAUGGAUUAAAUUCACAGAUUUAGCAGGGCUUUAUGUUGAUCACCUUCAAUGUUGAUCGAUCUUCAGCAGUUGUGGAUUUAGCAGAGCUGUAUAUCUAUCUAAUAGUACAUCAUUAAGGGAACAACUUCAGUGGAGAAAAACAUUUGAUAAUAUAUUAAACUACUCUUAAUUGUACAUUGUGCAAUUUUCAGUGUAAAAUAGGACUUGUAGUAAAGCUUAUUUUGAGAUCUUAGUGAUAAUAUUGAACUUAGCUUUCAUUGUUCC